AUGGAGGUUUGGAAGUUUUUAGAUACAUCUUUCUUUGCAGAAGCGAAUCAGUUGGUGCAGUCAUUUGCGGGUGAGUCACGAUCAGACGAGGAUAAGAACUAUGAGCAGACAAUAGCACAAUUGAAGGAUGAGAUUCAAAUCCUGAAAACUCGUCUGGCCGAUGAAACAGCAUCUAAAGAACGAGCGGCGACGGCAAAAGACCCGGCCGUUGAAGAUUUGGAGAAGAAAGUUCGAGAGCUGAAAGAGAAGAAUCGACAGCUAAUCCUGGAAAAAGCAGAGCUGCAGCGGGUGAGCGACUCGCUGAAGGCUUCAGGCGAUUUACCGGAUUUUGUACCAGAUGAACGUGAAAGGGGCAGCGUGCUGCAGCGAACCUUGUCACGCGGCGGUGGUGCUGGUGAAUGCGCGCCGCCGGAUCCGCUAGCUGCAAGGCCUACGGCACCACAGUGCUGUUGUAAUUGCGCCAGUAGUUCUGAUAGCGAAAUUGUACGUAAAAGAAGUGGGGAUAACGAGGUACCUUCAAAUUCAACAGGUCGUAGGGCGCAUAAACCACAAAGACGUGAGAGGAGUCAUAGACGUGCAUAUUUUCUUUGGAUGCUGUUUUGCUUGGGUUUUUCAUUUCUUUAUCGCUACUCAUAUGUGGGUAUUGGAGAGACAAUAGAGUAUAGUCAAGUUCUAGCAAGGGAAUUAUGGGGUUGGGCGCGAGAAAUUUGUCAACAUGGCGUGCGAUUUGUAUUUAGCCAAUGGAUGUGGUUAUUUCCCGGUACUGCUAUAGUUGGAGAGGUCGGGAGAGCAUGUGAAGCUUCCUCUUAGCA